CGCACCAUAAAUAGAUUGAUAUAUAUAUAUAUAUAUAUAUAUUAUCUAAUAAUUAAUUAAUAUCAUUCCACUUUGUCGUCUAUAUAAUAUUAUACAUUUGUGUAUCACUAGCUUAAAAAUAAAAAAAAAAAAAAUUGAAAAAAUUAUAAUGUUGGGACGUAGACAUGCCUAUUAAUAGGGGCUCAAAGCAACGCCUCCUCUUCUCCUCUGAUGUACUCCCUCCCAUCAUCCAUGGCAAACAGCAAAGUUCUACACGUGGCUGUCUUUCCAUGGCUGGCCAUGGGCCAUCUCAUCCCCUUCCUCCAACUAUCCAAGCUUUUAGCCCAGAACGGUCACAAAGUCUCUUUCCUAUCUACUCCCAAAAACAUCCUUAAACUCCCCAAAAUACCCUCCAACCUCUCCUCUCUCAUCGACCUCAUCCCUCUCCCCUUCUCCCACCUCCCCUCCGACCUCCCUCUCCACGCCGAGUCCUCCACCGAAGUUCCUUACUCCAUGCAACAAUUACUAAAAAGGGCCUUCGAUUCCCUCCAAUUACCACUUUCGUCCUUCCUUCGAUCUUCCCCUCCCGAUUGGGUUGUUUACGAUUAUGCCCCCCACUGGCUUCCCCAGCUAGCCAAGGACCUCGGCGUCUCCUGCGCUUUCUUCAGCCUCUUCAACGCAGCCAAUCUCGCUUUCAUCGGACCGCCGUCUGUGUUGAUCGACGGUGGAGAUUUAAGAACGAAAGCUGAGGACUUUGCUGUAGUCCCUGACUGGGUGCCAUUCGAGUCCCAUGUGGUGUACCGGAUCUAUGAGAUGGCCAAGUACUUUGAGGGCGCCAGUAUUUACGAGCCGACCACCCCUGAUACGGUGCGUUUCGGUGUUGCCGUGGAAGGGAGUGACGUAGUGGCUGUUCGGAGCUCUCCAGAGUUCGAACCGGAGUGGUUCGGUUUGCUUCGGGAGCUUUACCGGAAACCGGUUGUCCCGGUGGGGUUUCUACCUCCGGAGGUGAUAGAAGAGGACGAGGAGGUCAAAGGCAAUGAUAAAUGGAUUGGUGUUAAGGAGUGGUUGGACCAACAAAAAGUCAAUUCCGUGGUUUACGUUGCGUUUGGGACCGAGGCAAAUCUGAGUCGGGACGAGCUCAGCGAGUUGGCCACUGGGUUGGAACUGUCCGAGUUACCAUUCCUUUUGGUGUUGAGGAACUUUUCUGGGUCAGAUCAAACGGAGCUGGAGAUGCUACCGGAUGGGUUCGUGGAGCGAGUUAAGGAUCGAGGAAUGGUCUACGUUGGUUGGGCUCCACAGAUGAGGAUACUGAGCCACGACUCGGUCGGCGGAUUCCUGACUCACUGUGGUUGGAACUCGGUGAUUGAGGGACUCGGGUCGGGUCGAGUUUUGAUCCUUCUGCCAUUGGUCAAUGACCAAGGAUUAAAUGCUAGGUUGUUAACUGGUAAAGGACUCGGGCUUGAGGUGCCUAGGAAGGAACCGGAUGGGUCAUUCACAAGUGACUUGGUGGCUGAGUCAGUGAGGUUGGCAAUGGUAGAGGACUCAGGGGAGCCAUUGAGGGAGAAGACAAAGGAAAUUAGAGGCAUGUUUGGAGAUAGGAAUAGAAAUGACCAAAACGUGGAAGAAUUCAUUCAUUUUCUCAAGGAGAAUAGGAGGAAAUGAAAGUUGACUUGUUGGGGAUGGAAUUGAAAACAAGGAUAUUUAUUUUUCAAGCUUUUGAUUUUUAGACCCAUAUGUGGGGUCUACGUCAUUGUGAGUUUUUUUUUUUUUUUUUAAUUAUGAAAAUUAAAAGUCAAAGUGGAGUUUACUUCUCAAAACGGAAAAAAAAAAAAAAAAUGAAAUGAAAAUUACUUGUUAGCGAUGUAAAUGAAUAAAGAUAAACCGAGUCAAAUAUUAGGAUUUUCAAGUUUAACUCACAUAUUACAAGUAAUCAAGCUCGACUUGAGCUUAUAAAAUUUGAAAAUUCAUUGUUCAAAA